CUCCCUUGCUUAACUCUCUUUUCUGACGUCAAUAGCGCUUCGAAGCAGCGUUUGCAACCCAACUACUCAUCAUGCCGGACGCGCGUGUUACCUUGAGGCGCAAGAGCCCCUUCUGCACCAGGAGCAACAAGUUCAAGAAAGUGCGUACCCCUGGUGGCAAGCUCACGAUUCAGUAUCUGAAGAAGCUGCCGAGCACUCCGAAAUGCGGUGACACUGGCAGACCACUCUUCGGUGUCGCUGUUGCUCGCCCGAAAGAACUGAAGCGUAUGUCCAAGAGACAAAAGUCCGUGUCGAGGUGCUACGGUGGCGUUUUAUCUGGUUACGCAGUAAGGAACAGGAUCGUUCGCGCUUUCCUGUUAGAGGAACAGAAGAUCGUGAAGAAGGUGGUCAAGCAACAUAAGAAGCAAAAGCUUGCUUCGCAGUAGCACGGCUAUUUCCGCAACCAAGAGGGAUUGUUGUCAAUUCAUGUUGUUAGGCGCGCGCCGAAGCGGGGCGAUGCAGGAUUGCCGUAUUUUUUGAGUCAUGUGCUCCCGCUUUCAGUGUAUGGAGGGCUGAGAUUGUGUGCUUCUGCCUAUCAUAUCAGGUAAUGUCCGACGGGCGAGGGACUGCAUGCGCUUAUGACCUUCAGGUAUUCUCUCCAUCUAGGUUCAACACAUCGGAAGUAGUCCAGAGGGGCUGAUUCGUGAAGUAAAGUGUGCUCGAUUUGAUUCUA